UAACACGGUCAACAUAUUUCUGAAAAAAGAAUACAAAUCUCAAACACGUCUCAUUAUGGUCAAAAGUCCUCAUAAUACUGUAAUCGUUUCUAUUAAGCAUAUACAUAUUUUAUUAACCCCAAAACUAAUUAAACGAUGUUCUUCCACAUACUAUACAUAUGUGAUUCAUGUGAAGAUCAAGCAGUUCCACUAAUCAAACGUGUUGCCAUGAUGGUCAAGACUAGGAUUCAGUGCAGUUGCAUAUCUAUCUUCUUGUCCAGUGCAGCCUAAAUCCCAAGCAGUGCCGUGCGAAAGGUUUUAGGUGCCUAAGGCAAGUUUUAAAAAUAAAUUUAUAUAUAACUAUAAAAAAAAAAAAUUUUCUAAUACAAUAUAUCACUUUCGCGAAAUACAUCAGUUUAACACUUACAAGAAUAAGUUUUUUUUUUUAACGCUGAUUUAUUAUGAUCUUACAAUUAUGAUAUAGGAAAUAUUACAUAGACGAUUCGACAACCGACAAUACUACCUGCCUUAUGAAAACCUACAAGAAUAAGUUAAUUACGUAAAUAUGCUAUGUUAUGUCCUAUAAGAAAAAAGUAUAUGGAUUUAGAAAUUGAGUUAUUCGAAUCUCGUGGAAAGUUUUUUUUAGAAAUAAAUUUAAGUAACUAAACUAAAAAUUAUUUUAAAUUUUGGAGCCCUAGAAAACGUAAUAUUAUUCGGGGGCCUAAGGCGAAUGCCUUUUUCAAUAGACUGUAAGCACGCCUCUGAUCCCAAGCCCCAAGAUGCAAGCAAAAGUACAUUAUAGUAAGAAAACUUUAGAAAAGUUGUUUUAUAUUUAAGGAUUCAAUAAAAACAUUUGUAGUAAUAAAAUUUUAGAAAAUUUUGAUAAAAAAUAAAAAGCUAACAUUAGUUAUAGAAUAUACUAUUUUUCUUUAUUCUUUUUGUUUAACACGUAAAGUGGAACAUAUGAUGUGUUCAUAUUAAACCCGAACCAAAACGUAAAUACUUUCCAAAGAUGAGCACAAAACAUGCUUCCACGAUCAUUGGUUGAAUCAUGUCUGAAAAAAAAAUCAUGAAAAAAAAUUAAGAUUGAAAAAUGAACGUGAGGAGAUGUCUUACAAAGAGAAACACGUCUUGACACUUUCCCCAUAAUACCCGAUUUGCCCAUCCUUCCAUAAUCAACCAUCAUCAUCAUCUCCGACAAAGGCCAAAUCUUUUGAAACUCUGUUCUGUUUUUUUCUUUAAAAUAACUCUGUUCAAUUUCGCAUGCAAUUUAAAUUAGUUUCCUCAACAUUACGAAUCAUUGGAGGAGAAGAUGGAGAACGGUGGAAACAAGAUGCAUCGGAAGAGAACAAUGACGAUGGACUGGGCAGGAUUAGGAGAUUUCGAAGACGACGACGACAGGUUCUUCGAAACGCACGACCGUCUCUCCUCCGCCCUCACAUUCGACAUGGCAAACUCCUCCUCCGACGAGGAGGAAGAAGAGGAUUUCGACGACUGCCGCCACUCCUUCUCCUCCGCCGUCUCCUCCAUGACCUCCGCCUCACGAAAGUUCCGUACAUCAACCACCAUGAUGUCUCCCGAUUACGAUAUCUGGAUGGCGGCUCCGGGAUCGAUCUCAGAGCGCCGCCGUCGUCUCCUCCACGGGAUGGGCCUCGCCAGCAACAAGGACAUGGUCAACGCCGUGUCCAUCCGCCGCGUCAUCUCCAACGCUGCUAUUCUCGAUAAUAAUAAUAAUAAUAAUCAUAACAACAACAAGAAUGGUGAGGUUGAAACAGAGGAUCACGACAAUGCUCUGUUCGCACGGUCGAGAUCCGAGUCGGACAUCGAGAGGUUCUUUAUCGAGAAGCGGAGAAAAGAGGAGGUUCUCGGGAAAGUCUCUAAGCAUCGUUUGACGAGAACGUACUCCACGAUGGGAGUUAGUUCUCGGACGAGAAUCUUCCAGCAGCAGCACCAGACACCGAUCAGACAAUCAUCCCCUGCUUUGACGUCGGUGACGUCGUCGUCGAAAUCAAGACUCGGUGCGUUUUUCUUGAUCAAGAACCUCGACACGGGGAAGGAGUUUAUAGUCAACGAGUACAACGAAGACGGGAUGUGGAAUAGGCUGAGUGAUUUACAAACGGGGAAGCAGCUAACGUUGGAGGAGUUUGAGAAAUGCGUUGGGUACUCCCCCGUGGUGAAGGAGCUUAUGCGUAGAGAGAAUGUCAACAGGAUCAACUACGAGCCCUUUGUUGAUCUUCGGAAGUUCAACUCUUAUUUAUCGAAAAGCGUGAGGCUGAGUAAGAGGAGAGGAGCCGCGUUGCUGAAGAACAUAAAAGGUGUGGCUCACUCCAUGAGUUUACGAGGUGUAGAUAAAGAUGUAACCGAUAGUGAUAGUCCUAGAAAAGGGAAAGAUAAUAAACAUGGGAAGGCUAAUGAGUGGGUGAAGGUGAGACCAACGGGGAAGUCUUACAAGGAGCUAAGCGCGUUGCAUAUGUGUCAAGAGAUACAGGCUCACGAGGGUUCGAUUUGGACUAUUAAGUUUAGUCCUGACGCUCAUUAUCUAGCGAGUGGGGGACAUGAUCAAGUCAUUCAUGUGUGGGAGGUGCAAGAAUGUGAGUUGAUGUCUAUGAAUGAAGGGAGUCUCACGCCGAUACAUCCAUCGCUUUGCGACUCUGCUGGGAAUGAGAUGGCUGUAGUUGAGAAGAAGAAGAAAGGGAAAGGCUCGACCGGGAGGAAGAACAGCAAUCAGAUUCCGGAUUAUGUUCAUGUUCCUGAAACGGUGUUUUCGUUUUCGGAGAAGCCUGUUUGCUCUUUGAAAGGUCAUUUAGCUGAUAUUUUGGAUCUGUCAUGGUCUAAAUCUCAGCUUCUUUUGUCGUCUUCUAUGGAUAAAACAGUCAGGUUAUGGGAUCUUGAAACCAGGACAUGUCUCAAAUUGUUUGCUCACAAUGACUAUGUGACAUGCAUUCAGUUUAACCCAGUGGAUGAAAACUAUUUCAUAAGUGGGUCGCUUGAUGCUAAGAUAAGGAUAUGGAGUAUACAGAAUCGGCAGGUUGUUGAUUGGAGUGAUCUUCAUGAAAUGGUCACUGCUGCUUGCUACACUCCAGACGGUCAGGGUGCAUUCAUCGGAUCAAAUAAAGGAAUCUGCCGUGCUUACGAUACAGAAGACUGUAAGCUGAAUCAAACUAAUCAGAUUGAUCUCCAGGCUCAUAAGAAAAAACAAUCAAAAAAUAAGAUCACCAGUUUUCAGUUUUCUCCGGUGAAUCCAUCAGAAGUUCUUGUCACAUCAGCUGACUCGCGGAUUAGAAUCCUAGACGGUUCCGAAGUUAUUCACAAAUUCAAAGGCUUUAGAAAUACAAGCAGCCAAAUCUCAGCUUCGUAUAGCCAAGAUGGAAAGUAUAUAAUCUGUGCGAGCGAAGACUCUCAGGUUUAUAUGUGGAAACGAGACAGUCACCGAACAUCCUCCGAAACAGGCAGAAGAUCUUCAAACACGACACAAUCACACGAACAUUUCGAAUGCAAAAACGUCUCAGCAGCUGUCCCAUGGCACGGUCACGUUAGAGGCGAACCACCACCGGUCCAAAUGCACUCAAAACGCCACUCAAAGCGCAUAUCCACUUCGAGCCAGCCUUCAUCCGCCGUAAGCUCACCAACAAGAGAAGAAACCUCGGCCACCACGGCUGCGCCAAUCCGGCACAAGAAACCGGGAUUACCACCCAUCCCUAAGAGAAUCACUCCGCAGCAACAACCGGAGGAAGAGGUUGGAGGUGAGGUAGGGAGCAGCGAGUCUUUUGGGUCGAGCAUGAACGGUUCGGAGCAGCAGUCGUCGAGGUUUGGGGAGUCUCCGUCUAUAAACACGUCGUCGAGGUUGUCUUCGUGGUCGUGGUUCGAUAGCGGAGGACACGGUCCGCAAACUAUACGGCCUACGGCUUGGGGGAUGGUGAUUGUGACAGCUACAGUUAACGGUGAGAUACGGUCUUAUCAGAAUUUUGGGUUACCGAGAAGAGUCGGUCGUCAAACCACUUUGUUUUGAUGUAAGAGAAACGACUUGUGUUUAUUUUCUGUAUUUUUGUUGUUAUUGUUGUUGUUGCUUGUAGAGUACGUAAAGAAACCUAAUUACAGAAACAACCGUCCUUUUGGUCUUGAGGGUCUCUCUCGACGUUUAAAAUAUUGAGUUGCCUCGUA